AUGGAGAAGUCUGCAAAGCCCUUUGUUGUCCCAGUGGCUGUCCUCAUCUUCCCACCCACAUCCAACUGCAUCAUCUUCAUCCUUUUUGAGGCAGUCAACGCCAGCCCUUCUGCAGAGCCUGCUAGGCUUUCAUCGCUGAAUGGCACUGCUGAGGUGUCCUGUUGGAUUCCAGUUCAGCUCCGCAGAAUGCGACUCCAGAGACAGGGUCUUUACGGUGGCGGCUCACUGGCGGAUGAGGUCAUCAGUGUGGCCUCCACAGGCCGGGUAUCAUCUUCCCAGCUCGUGCUGGGCCAUGUUCUUCCUGAGGUAGAGACUCGGGAGUCUCUCCAGCUGCUGAGUCCUCCCUGCCGCAAAGCGGAAAGAAAACAGAUGUCUCUGCUGGCCGAGAUGAAGGACACUCUGGAGGCCCUGGUCAGUGACAGCAAAGUAAAGCUCCAGCCUAAAAUGCAGAAGGAAGAGAUAAGAGAAGAGAAACUUGGAAAUCUGACUCCAGCAAAACAGCCGUCUUCGGUCCAUUUUUUCCCAAAGAUGAUAGAUUUGGACACUGCAAUACAAUUGCCACAGUCACUUUCCCACGAAAUGCCACUCAGCUUCUACCAGAUCACUAGCGCUCAGAAUAGCGGCCUCACCUUAUCCUCAGCUGGUCCAUUGACUUCAAAGUCUACCAUCCUGAGCAUCACCCGAGGGGAUGCCAGCCUGUCAAAGCAGAGCCCAAGCUUCAUGAUUCCAAAGAAACAGCCCCUACUGAGCUUUGACUCGGACAUUCUUGUGUUGGGGGAAGGAGAGGAUUAUUUCUUUUCUUUGUUUGGAGACUCGAAGAAACUCACGGCACAUUCGUCCCAAGCUGAGGAUGUGACCAAGCACCUUUCUGUGAUUCUUGAAGAAGUCGGCCAGUUCACAUCCAGUUUUCUUGAAGACAUUAAAAUAGCUGACGUAAACGUCAAGGGUUUGUUUGUGAGGCUCGUUAACGCUUCCGCCGACAAAGAAGUAGAGAUCGGGAACCACAUUCUCCAACAGAACGUUAACGGACAAGCAGUUUCUCUGUACCGAUUCCCCCCAAGCAUCACAAUGCAGGCCAGCUCCACGGUAACAGUGUGGGCGGCAGCAGCUGAAGCGAAGCCCCAGCCACCAACGGACUUCGUUUGGGAGGAGCAGAACAGGUUCCGAUGCAGUCCGGAUUGCACGACCAUCCUGUGCAAACCCCACGGUGAGGCUAUUGCCUGGUACACCCCAAUCCACUGGAAGCAAGCGUGGGAGAAGUUAGAGACUGAUAUUGAAUUUGAGAGGUGUUCAGUAGUGAUUCCAACACUGAAAGGCCAUAUGUUCAGGUGGACGACAUCGACGUCUUCCAUAAAUAAGGAAAAGCAGGAGCCAACCAAGAAAGAGCCCUCCCAGCAGUGUCAGAUACAGCCCGUCUGCCCUGCCCUUGUGAGAAGAAAGGAAAUCUCUCCAACCGUUUUACCCAAUAGGAGUCCUUGGUGCCGCAGUCCCCACACCCCUCCACAUCCCUACUGCUCUCUCAUUGAAUCACGUGACUCAGACAUUCCUGAAAGCAGGUUGGGUAUGCAGCUGAAAUCUCAGCCAGCCAAGCCGCAACCAGCCCCAGAGACCAAGAAGAAGAAAUCAAAGUCAGAAGAAAAUAGAAAACAACUCAGUCAAACUGGCCCUAUCCCCAACUGUAUCAAAAGAGUUGGCCACGCCCCCUCACCAUGGGCGUGGGAGAGCUGGUUCUGCCCAUUACCUGAGGGAGUGGUUCAGAGGCCUGGACCAGCCAGCUCAGCUGCCACCCAGACCCUCAUCCUGGGCCUAGAGUCGUCCCACCCUAGUGACCGGUCCUUUGGAAUGCCUGGCGCAGCAGCUCCGAUGCAUGCCGUCACCCUGAUUGUGUGGCCGUGGGCUGAUGUGCGGAGGGCAGCUUCCAUCCCUGCACAAGUGUGUUUGCACGUGUUGGAGGCCCAAGGAAACAUGGAGAAUCUGCAAAGUGUGGGUUCUGCAGGGGCCCGUGCAGGCUCAGACCUGUGUGUCUGA